AUGUCGUUGCGGCGGCAACGCCAGAUAGAGCUCAAUGUUUACCCGACCCGUUUCGGACACCACAGGACUAUCCCCCUCCUCCAGAACCGACUCCGGACUCCACCUGCAUACGAAAUGCUGUCCACAAAUAUGCCAGCCGGCAUCCAGCGCCAACGGAUUCAGCACCGCCGACAACUUUCGACACCAGCUGUUUUUGACGCACCCACAGUACGAGCACCACCUGCUAAACUACAACGACGCAACCGAAGCGGCAUGAGCUUGGAUCUACGCGGCCUCAACCUAGACCCCAUCCAUGCCGCCCGACAAGCCCAACACCAGGACUACACCCAACGACCAGGACCCUUCGACACACCCACCUUCCAGCAGGAGGACAGUACGGUAAGUAAUACUAACAAUCUAGGACAAAUACCACAGCAAUCUAUGCAAGUAGCGCAGCCGCUAAGACAGCCCCAGCCGGGCCCCCAGGAUUCCUUUUUGGCGUCCCCAGUACAGAUCUCUCCCAUCACACCGCGGACUCCACGACGGACACUCCGUGCGCAGUCUCCCCAGCAGCCUCCCUCAUCCCCCUCUAAACCCCCCACUGCACAGCAACUGAAAGAACUCCACGAGCACAUACAAUCAGUGUAUGGCUCAAGUGGACAAGUCUUCAUUAACAUCCUCCCAACCCCCACUGCGACACCGCAAAAGCCAGCGCAGCUACCAAGCCAUGAGUCGUUUGGCGCAACCCAGCACCCAAGCUUCACUGCUAUGGGUGACAUCAACCUCGAGCCAACCUCCAGAGCCAUGACUUUCGACUUUGACAACCCAGAUGCCGACAUGGGUUACGAGUCGUCCUCUUACUACACAUCCGAUGCUUUGUCGCCAUCGCCAGUUUCUUCGCCGCAACAGCAGAAAGACAUGCACUCUUUCCUAGAGAACAUCGAAGAGCACCAAGAGAUGAUGUUUUCGCACACACCAGCUCUGUUGCCCACACCGCAAACUUCAAUGUCGAUCAACGGACUCCCCAUGGACUCAUUCUCCCAGCCUCAGAUCUUCAACGACCUUGAGGUUGACGCGAGCUUCGAGUUCACUGGCAUCGCACCUGAAGAAGUUGCGCGUUACAUCAGCGAGCAAGAUACCACAACUGGCAAGUGGACCUGCCUCUACCAUGGGUGCGGCAAGGUCUUCGGACGACGAGAAAACAUCCGAUCGCACGUUCAAACCCACCUUGGCGAUCGUCAAUACAAGUGCAAUGGAUGCGGCAAGUGCUUUGUUCGCCAGCAUGACCUGAAGCGCCAUGCAAAGAUCCACUCAGGCAACAAGCCCUACAAGUGCCCAUGUGGCGCCGGGUUCGCACGACAAGAUGCCCUCACCCGCCACCGCCAGCGUGGUAUGUGUGUCGGUGGGUUCCCUGACGCAGUCCGCCGACAAGCCAAGCGUGGCCGACCGAAGAAGAAUCGUCCAGACAUGGAGCAGCGUGUCGAGAAGGCCAGCAGGUCGCGGGCACUAGCAUCGGCAGCACCAUCCUCAGCUGGCUCGCCGUACUCAGAAGCUCGAUCGCCAUCACCACUCGAGGGCUACGAACCAGCUCAAUCGCAGGACAUGCCCCAGCUUCUGUCCGACUCGCAAAGCUACGACUCCAUGAACGCUUCAGCGGAUCCCUUCAGCUUUGAGGCCUCAUCAAGCCCAUUCGCAGACGACGCACAAUCGAGCUUUGCGUCUGCCACCUACUCAAGCGACGCUGCGUCAAUGAACAUCCUCCAACAGCUCUCUCAACACUCGCAUACGCCUCCUAUGUCACCCGCCGACAUGCGGCCCGCUUCCGCUGGGUCCGCAAACGGUUCGAGCGCGCCAGUCCAGUCCAGCCCUCUAAAGGCUUCGUCGUCACCAUCACGGUCGUCUGUCCAGUCUCAUCAGUUCACAACACCACCGACAUCGCCAAUCGAGCCCAAAGACGCUCUCGAUGAGUUGUUCGACACCAUGCCUGACACUUCAUACUCUCAGUUCGACCUCGAGAUGAAGGCAAUGGGCGACUUCACUUCAUUGGACUCGUCAUCGUACGAUCUUUUGGACUUCACCGUAUAA